ACUGUCUUUGAGGUGACGGCGACGCAUAUUCGUCCAUUUUUGUGAAACCAUCAUUCAGUCUUGAAUCAACUGCAGCCCAGUUUGUUAGUAUCUCUUUGUAAUUUUUAUCCUAAUUAACUGAUUAAAUAUGAGUGGACGCGGUAAAGGUGGCAAAGUUAAAGCUAAGGCAAAGACCCGUUCAAGCAGAGCUGGUUUACAAUUUCCCGUUGGAAGAAUUCAUCGUUUGCUUCGCAAAGGGCAUUACGCAGAAAGAGUAGGAGCUGGGGGCCCAGUUUACCUUGCAGCCGUUAUGGAAUAUUUGGCUGCUGAAGUGUUGGAAUUGGCAGGUAAUGCAGCUAGGGACAACAAGAAAACUCGUAUCAUCCCAAGACAUCUACAAUUAGCUAUCAGAAAUGACGAAGAAUUGAAUAAGCUCUUAUCUGGAGUCACCAUUGCUCAAGGUGGUGUACUGCCUAAUAUCCAAGCUGUGCUCUUACCAAAGAAAACUGGAACGACUGGAGGUAGCUCUUCUGGUAAAUCUUCCAAAUCUCAAUCACAAGACUAUUAAUUAUUUAAUGUUUGUUGAACAUUCUUGUACUCUUAUUGAUGUUAUUAUUAGUUUUGAUUAGUAUUAUUGUGCUCUUCUAUUAUUAAAUUCUUUUUUCAAA